GCUAACCAGCUAACUUCUUUCUCCUCAGCAUUCUGUAACAACACAACAGCAGCUCAAAAUGUCUCUCCGUACACCUACCACGAGGGCACUCCGCCUCCUGCCACGGCAUCCUAUACGCCCACGAUGUCUCACUUCCCCCCGGUUGCAAUUGCGGAAUCUCAGCGCCAAAUCCCAAAGCCUUUCCCCCGCUCCAGAGCCUCGCAAUCUACUCGACUCCGUCACCCUGCACCGCCUCGAAGCUGAACGGCGCGCAUACUAUAAACGACGCUCCUACUAUGCCGCCAUUGGGGUUGUCUUUGGCAUGGUCGCCAUCUACGCAACAGCGACGUCGGUAGAGCUGCCACCGCCGUCCAACGCCAACAAGCUCGAUUCCGGCAAACGAGCAGAUGACCCGAUGGUUGUCCUGGGGCGCGAGAGGAAGGUCGUAGUGCAGAAGAUGGGCGAGCAGCCGGAGGAGAUUCCAGACACGGUGAAGACGGGGACGAGCACGGUGCCGGAGUUUCCGCGGGUGGUGGAGUUUUCUGAUGAGGAUGUGGAGGCGCGGGCGGACGAAUUGGGCCCCGCGCAAAGUGAUAGCGGGACCGUGGAGUAUCAGUUGCUGGGGCUGGGCAUCCGGACUGUUAGUUUCUUGGGCAUUGAGGUCUAUGUUGUGGGGUUGUAUGUCGCAACGGACGAUAUCGCUCGGUUACAAGAGGCUCUGAUUCGGAAGAUCAGCUCAGUGGGAUCAACAUUGGUAGCAGGCGAGAAGGAUGCCUUAAAGUCGAAGCUGCUAGAUCCCCAGGAAGGAGAAAAGGUUUGGGGCGAGUUGUUGAAGGAUACACACAUUAGGUCACUGAUUCGGAUCGUACCGACCCGGAAUACGGAUUUCCAUCACCUUAGGGAUGGGUGGGUGAGGCAGAUCACCGCACGCGCGCAGAAUCCUAUCCAUAAGGAAGAGUUCCAGGAUGAGAGUUUUGGCGCCGCGAUGCAGCAGUUCAAAGCUUUGUUCAAUAGGGGCAGUGUCCCGAAGCAAAAGGAAUUGUUGCUGAUCAGGGACAGGGAGGGGAAGCUAGCCGUCUGGUAUGAUGAUGGGAAGAGCGCGCAGCGGUUGGGAGAGGUGAAGGAUGAGAGACUUUCAAGGGCAGUGUGGUUGAAUUACUUGGCGGGGAAGACGGUCGCCAGUGAAGGGGCUCGGCAAAGCGUCGUAAAUGGGCUCAUGGAGUUUGUGGAGCGGCCGAUGGGGACGGUCUCUACGCAGGUUCGUGUAUAAUUUGUACAAUAAAUGUGACAUAUAGGACUCUUCUCACUGCGAGAAAUAAAAUCAUCGUAGCAAGUUGUAUACUGGUUGUAUACGGAUCGUAAUCCUUUACAUUCGUGGGUGCUCAGAAGCA